GUGGUGAGGUGGCAGACGGGGCUUGAAGUGCAUUGGCUCUGACUCGGAGCAGAGGGAGGAGACUUUGACAAUGAAUGUGCUGAGGACACAUGUUUACAAUGAUGGGGGAGAGAGGAAGAAUGGAGUCGCACGGGAUCAUUGAACACUAUGGUGCGUCAUGUGAACAGACCAAGACUCAAGGAAGCUAACGAAAGUUGCUGCAGAAGUACAGCAGAGAGGUGCAGGAUCCUGCAGUGUCUUAGGAGGAACAUGGUAAUCAGAUAUUGAUUGAGUUAUCACAGAAGCUGGCAGCUUUUGUUUCUGACUGUACCUUACUUUACCAAGCACAAUACACACGUCCAGUUCUGAGCCAAGGAGGGAGCACUUCACACCACACCAAGGACUCUCAGGACAAACUGUGAAGAUCACUUCUCAGGGAUGACCAUCGCUCAGCUGCUGAAAACUUCAUCUGAAGAGUCUGUGUUUUGAGCCCAGUCUUCCCACAGGAUGGCAUCCACUGUGUCCACAGUCCCCCAUGGGGUUUUCGGUCCCUCGCAGCACCCUCCAGUUGUCUGGCCACCUCUGGACUUUGUCCUGGGUGCUUUUGCAUGCUGUGCAGCCUGCGUGUUCACCAACCCUCUGGAGGUUGUGAAGACCCGGCUGCAGCUUCAAGGGGAGCUCCGUGCGCGGGGAUCCUACCAGAGACACUACCGGGGAGUCCUGCAGGCGCUCUGGGUGGUGGGCCGCACAGAUGGGCUCCGGGGCCUGCAGAAGGGGCUUUCGGUCGGGCUGAUCUACCAGGGUGUGAUGAAUGGCGUGAGGCUGGGCUCCUACUCCUACUGCGAAACCCUCGGUAUCACCUCGUUCCACGGGGGCAGUCUGCUGUCAGGAGCAGGGGCCGGGGCUCUGGGAGCCUUCAUCGCUUCUCCAGCUUACCUGGUGAAGACCCAUCUACAGGCUCAGACUGUGACAGCCAUAGCAGUCGGUCACCAGCAUAACCAUCUGGGAGUGUCUGAUGCCUUUCUGACCAUCUAUAGAAGAGAAGGUUUAGUUGGUCUCUGGAGGGGCGUAAACGGGGCCGUGCCUCGAGUCAUGGUUGGGUCAGCUGCUCAACUGGCAACCUUCACCUCGGCCAAGGACUGGGUGUCACAUUCCCAGUGGUUUAGUCCAACCAGCUGGCUCACGGCGCUCGUAGCCGCCGGCAUCAGCGGUGUCGCUGUGGCCGUUACUAUGACGCCUUUUGAUGUCAUCAGCACACGGCUCUACAACCAGCCGGUGGAUGAGUUUCGGAGGGGACAGCUUUACCAUGGAUUUUCCGACUGUAUGGUGAAGGUGUGCCAAGCCGAGGGCCUGCUGGGUCUCUACAAAGGCAUGGGCCCUGUCUUCCUUAGACUGGCCCCUCACACGGUGCUCAGUAUGCUGUUCUGGGAUCUGAUGAGGCAACAGACACUUAAGAACAACCAGAGCCAGGGAAGGACCUGAAAACACCUCCACGCCGUGCCUGACUGGGCUCGGCUGAAACUACCGAAGUACUCCAUCACAAACUGUUUUCUUUUUGAGAGUUAGUUGAGAAUUGAUAUUUCUAAAAAAAAAAAAAAAGUUAGCUUAGCAUAGUUUUGUUAGCAUAAAAUCUGGAAGUGGGAGAAGUAAAAUCCAUCUAUGAGACGUAAUGAACUCACUCAUUGACACUGUAUGUCUUGUUUGUCUAGUCAGUGCUAAUAAUACAAGUGUCAAAAUGUUUAUUUACGAUUACAGAACGGUUACAGAAAGUUUUGUGCUGGACUAUUCAGUGGCUGCAACACAAGAGUUUCUCUGCUCAAAACCAGGAAACAGUAUUUCUAUCCUGUUGUGCGAGUUAAACAGAUUGUGAUAUAACCUGUUAAUCAGCAAACCUUUACCAGUUCUAACCACCGGACUGCUCCACACUUUUUCCUUCUAUUUAUAGUUUGUGCUAAGCUAACAUCUGUAGGUUGUUGCUUCAUAUUUACUCUACAUACAUGAGUGCUGUAUCAAACAUCUCUUCUAACUCUCCUCCAGAAAACAAUUAAAAUGUCAGACUUCUAUUUUGUGGGACUUCAAGGUGGACUCCCAGACCAUUUGAGAAGAGCUAUUCUUGAUGAAGUAUCAGGUUUUUUAAUGCCUCAAACUAUGAGUGACCAUUACUUGAAGAACAAACCUGCAUUAUUAAAACUUACAGUUUUCCAUGUUUAUAAUCCUGCAGGGCUGCUGUAUGUUUCCCUAUUUAAUGAAUAAUUCUAGUUGCCUUGUCUAUUAAAAAAAGUUUAAAAAAAAAUCUGAUGGUGAUUUUUUUCAUUUUUAUCUACUGAACUACCUGUACCUACUGUAAAGCCAUUUGAUUUGAGGUUAUUAUUCAUAUAUAUCUUAACCUGUGGGUACGUCUGGCCUUUGAACAGAAAUACAUAACAGAAAUAAAGAUAUUUUUUGUACAGAA